GUAACAUUUGAAAAUUCGAAAGAUGGUAAUAAGGUGUUGGUGCGGAUGAGGUUAAGAGACGGCCCUGGGCAUGGUUGCUAGCAACCCUUCCGAACUACGCGCCCGGCCAGUUUCAACGAGGGUGGAGACUGCGCCGUGUUCCGUUGUCGUCUACCUACUGCGUCCGUGCGUGCUCUCCGGACGAACGCAUCGCGCCUCUUCUCUCCAUUAUUUAUAUACCACGGACGCGUCAGUGGCCGAUGUUUAACGAUGAAUCGCAAACGGUCGUCCAAACGGAAUAAUCCCUGAUCGUAAAUGGAAAAAAGGACGAUAGAAAUUCGACUAACAGAAAAUAACGAUUAUAAAUAAAUAGCGUAUCGUAAAGCUGGCAGAACCAUGUCUACGAGACCGAAGGAGAAGGUGGUGGGUGCUUUUCGAAAAUUCUUUCGACCCUCGGAGAAGAUCUCGGAGCAAGAUGGUGCGAGCAGUUCGACGAGUUCUCCGUCCAGGAGGCUUCUGAGUCGACAUCAUCGCCCGGACGCGGUCACUCCUACCGAUGCCACGUUGUCCGACAAUCCCGGCGCUAGCAACUCUAAUCACGCAAGUUGUUUCUUCAAGUCGAAAAAGUCUACCGCUAAUUCCACGCAGGGAACGGUUGCAGUGCCGGAAAAGAGAGUUCGUUCGCGUCGUUUAAUGAAGGAACUAAGCGAAAUUCAGAGGACGCAGAAUCGACUCGAGUCAACGUUCACCGCGGAGUUGGUAAACGACAAUUUGUUCGAGUGGCACGUGAGACUGCACAAGAUCGAUCCGGAAAGUGAACUGGCCGCGGACAUGAGGGAGCUCGAUAUACCUUACAUACUUUUGCAUGUGGUGUUUCCUGAGAAUUUCCCGUUCGCUCCACCUUUUAUGCGCGUUAUUUCGCCAAGAAUCGAGAAAGGCUUCGUUAUGGAGGGCGGUGCGAUCUGUAUGGAGCUUCUCACGCCCAGAGGAUGGGCCAGUGCGUACACGAUCGAAGCUGUUAUCAUGCAAUUCGCGGCCAGCAUCGUUAAAGGCCAGGGUCGCGUAGCGAGAAAACCAAAGACCAGCAAAGAAUUUAACAGACGUUCCGCCGAAGAAUCCUUCAGAAGUCUGGUAAAAACGCACGAGAAGUAUGGUUGGGUUACACCGCCGCUUACGGAAGGAUAACUCUGCAGACCUUCCGAAGGAACGGAAGACUAUGGCUGUUAUUUAAGAAUUCGUGCUCGCGAUCAACAGGUUUCGGAUGUGACUUCGGUUUGUAUCAUUACGGGAAACAUUCGAUAAUCGUGCAAAGAUACGGACUCGAGUUUUCCGAAUUGCGCACACGUAAAAACGAUCCUAUUCCUAGAAACUGAGAUUUCAGACGUGCCAAAUUUUUGACUCGUGAUCGAUAACACCUUUACCAACACCUUUGUCGCGUUUUUUUGAUUAGAACGACACCAAAUACCAUGUUAUUUGGAGCAUAUUUGCUUACUUAGUAAAUAAUAAUUACGUACAUAUCAAGAAGCAAGCGUGAUUCGAAUUGCAUCGCGUAAUUGGCUCAUGGUGAACUCGUAGAACCGUUCCGUUCUCUUCGAGUUCCAUGAUUUUUUAAUACGUUGUAAAGCGCGACAACCCCUAACCUAUCCUAACCCCGAUCUUUCUCCUACACGUAUAACCGUCCAUCUCGUUUACUUUCCGAGAUAUUACAAGCUACCGUUACACUCUGUUUCUGCUUAUAAUCGCGCGUUCCGUGCCGGCUUACGCAUCGCUGUUCGAUGUCGGUCGUUUACCUCGCGAACCAUCUUUGCAAACGGAGGAACGAUCGGCCGGCAUCCGAUACCGACGCGUACGCUGCCGCAAACGCAUAAUUAUAAACAGAAAUACACUGUAGCGAUACCUUACAGUAUCUCGGAAAUAAAGCGACACCUAAACGGUUAUACAUACGGGGAGGACGGAUCGGUUCUACGAGUUCGUCGCACUCGUUUUAAUCAGAAACGUCUGCCAAAUACGUUGGUAAAAGUUUCAUUAAGAAGUGGUGGAAAACAAUAAAGUUUCACUGUUGAAUUAGUACAUAGAAUUAGUAGUCGGAGUCCGUAGCGGGGACGAGGACUGUGCAAUUACGCAGAGCAUCCAUCUUUUUGUACAAUUAUCGAAUGCUUUCUGUACUUCCUUUUCCCGGAAACAAUGUACUGCGUUAUAAUCGCAUAAAAUGUUGCUUUUAUAAAUGACAGAUAAUGUAAUACGUGGUUGAAAAAGGAAAACGGAAAUCAAGAAUUUGUUAAUUCGGUUGAAACGGUAAUGACAAAGCUCGCGAUCUAAUUACGAAAACGUUAUUUUACCGAUUCCACCUGGAAUGGAUGGAUUGUCGGUAAAACUAUCACGAUCGUAUUACUACGAGUAAUAAACAUACCCUAAUGAUAAAUAUUUUGUAACUUUUACGUGGAUAUCUAAAUAUAUUUACAAAUAUUUUUGUUAACUUGUUACCAAAAAAUGUCUUUCAUCCAGCGAAUCAGUUUCGUUCCAUUGAAACGUAAGAAUAAGAAUUUAGUGGUAUAGAAGGUAUGACAUUCGUUACGAUGAUCGAGUAAUUUCUGUUACUAUAUAAUAGAAAAUUUAAUACCACGCCAUGUUAUUUAUAUUUGUAAUAUCUACAGAUUUUUUAAGCGAAGAAGAGAAAACGUAGUCUCCCGAUUCUGUACAUCUUUGUUUCAACUCUCAUUGCCUUGGACAUGUGAUGUUACGAACGCGUGCAUAAAUUUUUAUAUUGCGUCGAUUAACAUUUGUAAAAAAAAAAAAAAAAAAAAAUAGCGUAGCGUUAAGUUUAACUUUUAUUAUGCUAGCCAAUUUCCCAACGUAUUUCAUAGCACAGUGUAAUAUAAUUUUCAGUACUCUGAAAUUAACAACAUCAUUCUAUAUAUGCGUACGAGUGCGCGAGACAUUCUGUACUAAUUGUAAAUCGACUCAAAUAUAUACAUUGUACUAUUGUAUUUACUUGAUACUGUCUCUAUUAUUAUCGAUCGUAAAAUGAAAACGAGCGAAAGAUAUUCAGUUAAAAGAUUAUAUCCAGUUUGCUAUUUAAUUGAAAACAUUAGUAAUGGUUAGCAUUAUUUAUCUAGCAUUACGGCUAGAAAAUGAUUAAAUAAAAAGAUUUGUUACAU